AUGUUAGGGCGUUGUUCCCAGACUGCUGAAGCAAAGAUGCUGAUUUUAUGUUCGGAUGAUGAUGAUGAUGAUGAUGAUGAUGAUGAUGAUGAUGAUGAUGAUGAUGAUGAUGAUGAUGAUGAUGAUGAUGAUGAUGAUGAUGAUGAUGAUGAUGAUGAUGAUGAUGAUGAUGAUGAUGAUGAUGAUGAUGAUGAUGAUGAUGAUGAUGAUGAUGAUGAUGAUGAUGAUGAUGAUGAUGAUGAUGAUGAUGAUGAUGAUGAUGAUGAUGAUGAUGAUGAUGAUGAUGAUGAUGAUGAUGAUGAUGAUGAUGAUGAUGAUGAUGAUGAUGAUGAUGAUGAUGAUGAUGAUGAUGAUGAUGAUGAUGAUGAUGAUGAUGAUGAUGAUGAUGAUGAUGAUGAUGAUGAUGAUGAUGAUGAUGAUGAUGAUGAUGAUGAUGAUGAUGAUGAUGAUGAUGAUGAUGAUGAUGAUGAUGAUGAUGAUGAUGAUGAUGAUGAUGAUGAUGAUGAUGAUGAUGAUGAUGAUGAUGAUGAUGAUGAUGAUGAUGAUGAUGAUGAUGAUGAUGAUGAUGAUGAUGAUGAUGAUGAUGAUGAUGAUGAUGAUGAUGAUGAUGAUGAUGAUGAUGAUGAUGAUGAUGAUGAUGAUGAUGAUGAUGAUGAUGAUGAUGAUGAUGAUGAUGAUGAUGAUGAUGAUGAUGAUGAUGAUGAUGAUGAUGAUGAUGAUGAUGAUGAUGAUGAUGAUGAUGAUGAUGAUGAUGAUGAUGAUGAUGAUGAUGAUGAUGAUGAUGAUGAUGAUGAUGAUGAUGAUGAUGAUGAUGAUGAUGAUGAUGAUGAUGAUGAUGAUGAUGAUGAUGAUGAUGAUGAUGAUGAUGAUGAUGAUGAUGAUGAUGAUGAUGAUGAUGAUGAUGAUGAUGAUGAUGAUGAUGAUGAUGAUGAUGAUGAUGAUGAUGAUGAUGAUGAUGAUGAUGAUGAUGAUGAUGAUGAUGAUGAUGAUGAUGAUGAUGAUGAUGAUGAUGAUGAUGAUGAUGAUGAUGAUGAUGAUGAUGAUGAUGAUGAUGAUGAUGAUGAUGAUGAUGAUGAUGAUGAUGAUGAUGAUGAUGAUGAUGAUGAUGAUGAUGAUGAUGAUGAUGAUGAUGAUGAUGAUGAUGAUGAUGAUGAUGAUGAUGAUGAUGAUGAUGAUGAUGAUGAUGAUGAUGAUGAUGAUGAUGAUGAUGAUGAUGAUGAUGAUGAUGAUGAUGAUGAUGAUGAUGAUGAUGAUGAUGAUGAUAUGCAUAGCAAAAGCAGUGCGGUCCAUGAUUCGUCAGUGGACGUGACACUACCCGGUUGCCUAGGCCGAAGUGAAGGGUUGUCUUAG